AUUUCAUUUAUUUGGCCUUUUAUUUAAUUUUAACAAUUAAAAUUAAUGACCGGUGUCCAAGGUAUGAGUCAUUAACAAAAUGGCAAACACUGCGACUAACAAUGCUAACACCAACUCCUGCGUGGAGACGCCCACGGCACCCGAGUGGCUGUCCAAGCUGGAAAGCAGACGGGAAUUGCUGAAGCGUUCGAAACUUGGCCACGAAUCCGGCGCCGGAGCACCUUGUGGCGAGUGCCAGGACAAGUGUCCCGGGCUGGAUCUGCACUUCUGGCGCAAGGUCUGCCGCAAUUGCAUGUGCCGCAAGGAUCAGCACUUGUGCACGGAUGACGACGCCACCGGCUGGGCGCAAUUCGAGAUCCUCGGCCAGAUCCGAGCAAAGCCCGCAUACAUCAAGAUCAAGGCAUUCGCCAGCCAGCCGGUGCAGGUGGAAUGGGUGCCACCGAACGCAGCACCCGACGUCGUCACGGACUACAUGGAGAAGCUGGGCGCUGCUCAAAUACCCGUCGCCGGCAGCGACGCGGCCAACAAGCGCAAGCAGCAGCUGGAGUUUCAGGUGCCGCCACAUGACCUGGACGCCGCGCUCUGCGACAAUCUCACCGAAACGGAGGCCCAGCAGCUACAGCAAUAUGUGCAAAAGCUGCGCGAUCAGUGCGUCGGCCAAGGCAUCGUGGUGCGCGUGGGCCGUCUGGCGCACGGCCAUGUGGAGCACAUUGUGCCGGCCCAGCCGACGACAGCCUUGCCGGAGGCUGCCCGCAAGCUGUUCCAUUCGCUCGGCCUGCCGCCCGUUCUCGAUGCCACGCUGAACGAGCUGCUGUCCAAUCAGAAGCUGGCGCAUGCCCUCUCGCAACAAGGAGCGCAUGCGCAGCCCAAGCUGCUGGUGGCCUUUUCGGAGCCGCUGAGCGACUCCACAACCGAGUUCGAUGCACAUCCCGCACUGCGUGCCGAGACCAAGGUCAAACUCUUGGGCAUCAGCAAGCCGUCCAUGCAAAGCCUCGUCACCCACGGCGUCGUCUAUGACAAGCUCCUCGGCUUGCUGCAGGAGAAGAACCUGAAUAUAUCGCGGGAUGCCAGGCUGGGCCCGAUCUCGGAGUUUCGCAAGGAAUAUGCGAGCAAUCCCCAGUUUAGGGCAGAGAUUAAUACUGUCUGUGCGCCGCCUGCGUUGGCGACAACUCCGCUGAAAUCGUCGCCGGGUACGCCGUUUCACUCGCCGCUGCCGCUCAAGAAUCCGGUGCAGGCUCGCUUUGGCGCCCAGAUGCGGCAGGACACGCCCAUGCGGCGCGUCAAGUUCGGCGGCGUGUCCACCAUUCUGUACGACUGUGGACUGCCCGCCCACAUUGACUACGAGCGCGAUCCGGUCUUUGCUCAGAUUGUGCAGGCGGAGCCGCUAAAGCAGGCACUGCAGGAGGCGCGCUCCGGGCGCACUGCUCCGUCGGUGAUCAUUGCCGCGGCGCCCGUGGCCACCGAUAAUCUGCAGCAGCUGGAGGGCCUGGCGCCCGUUACCAAAGCCCAGCUGCAGCGCGUGGGCGUGGACAAGCAUAUGCUGCAAUCGGCGGCGGCCAACGCGCCCUACUACAGUCGCCUCUUCCAGACGCUGCAGGACAAGGGCAUCCGGCAUGACCAGUGCCAGCUGCUGGAGCCGCUCAAGCAGAUGAACGACUGGCUGCUGAACGACGAGCAGCUGCUCGACGACAUCGACAAGCUGUUCGCCAACAUGGCCAAUGCAGCGGGCGGCGACAUCAGCUACGGCAACGAGACGCUGACCAACUCGGCCAGCCAUGACUCCGGCUUCUGCUCGAAGCCAUCGACGCCUGGACACGCGGCCGAAGACAUCAACGCCAGCCUGGGCAAAUUCACCAGCAUUCCGGGCAUUGAGCAUAUGAACAUGUAUCCCCAGUGUGCGGGCAUGCCGGAGCAGUUCCAGCAGCUGCAGCUGGGCGACGACAGCCCGCCGAGAGGCGCAGGAGCAGCAGCUUUACCCCACAUCAGCUGCCGCGAUUGCGGUCUAGCCAUUGAGCUGGGCGAGGUGGCCGUCAAGGCGGAGCGAGCGGGCAAGGAGAUUGCCUGGCAUCCGGGCUGUUUCAAGUGCCACACCUGCCGCGAACUGCUGGCCGACUUGGUGUACUUCUUCCAUCACGGACAGGUUUACUGCGGCCGCGAUCUGGCCAUCAAGCUGAAGAUACCGCGCUGCAAGGCCUGCGACGAGCUGAUCUUCACCAAGGAGUACACCGCCGCCGAGGGCGCCACGUAUCACAUCAAGCACUUCUGCUGCCUGCAGUGCGACGAGCCGCUGGCCGGGCAGCAGUACAUACCCGACGAGAAGUCAAACAUGCCGCUCUGCCUGCAGUGCUACGACAAGUUCUAUGCCGGCACCUGCAAGCGCUGCCAGCUGCCCAUCGGGCCAGCCGAUCAGGGCGUCGCCUGGGGCGACAUCCACUGGCACGGACCGUGCUUCGUGUGCGCCGGUGCCGAGUGCGCCAAGUCCCUGAUUGGCGGCCGCUUCUGCGUCAAGCAGGACAUGCCCUUCUGCAGUCCCGCCUGUGUGCGCAGCAUUAUUCCAGCCUAAACCGGAACUGAACCAAUCCAAACAGUAUUUCGAAUACGCACAAAAAAAACUGAUCAGACGCAGAUUAGACACUUCUAUGCCUAGAU